AUCACUAUUCACUAUCAUGAAUUAUUUUAGAAAUGGCGUCAUAAGUAGUUGAUAUUUAACAUCGUGUCUUUUAAAACUAGUAUUUUUGUGUGCUUUUAAUUCCAAUUUUGUGUUAGAGGAUUUACAGCUAUGGCUAAGUCAAAGAAUCAUACAAAUCAUAAUCAAAACCGCAAGGAUCAUCGUAAUGGUAUUAAAAGGCCAAAGAAAUUUAGGCAUGAAUCUCGUCGUGGUGUAUGCCAAAAAUUCUUAAGGAAUCAAAAAUACGCAUUAAAAGGUAAUUUGUCCACUGAAGAGCAGAUUGCUAGAGCUAAUGAAAGAAGAGAAAAAAAGUUGGCAUUGAAAACUAAAUUUGCUGAAAUUAAGAAGAAAAAUGCUGCAUCAAAAAAAUAAUGUGAUUUGUAUUUGAUAUUAUUGUAAUAUACUGACAAUUAUAUUGUAAAAACAAUA